AUCUUAUACAUCGCAUGGAUAUGCAGGACUUCUAGACGAAGCAUAAAGAUACAGAGCUUUGGUCGGAGUUCAAUGCCAACAUACUCAGCCAUACAUGUGGACUUGAACGGUCUCCCGAUUUUCGGAUUGUCGUGAAUUGUCAGUUGAAGACUAUGAGGCUAUCAGGCAUGCUCCUGGCCAUGCUGGCCUCCCCAUCUGCCGCUCUCAAGAUACCACCACACGUUCAACACUUCUACAACGAGCUCAGAAGCAAGUCCGACUGUCACAGGAAGCUCUCGACCGGAUUUCACAACUCGCAAUUCGAGCCAGGAAACAUGUCCUACUGCGGCGACCACCUAGAAUCCCACGGAAUCAUCUAUCUCCUCGGUCCUCAUGGGAAGCUCUCCAAUCUAGACAUCAACUGCGACGGCCACUCUUACCCUGCCCUCUCCGACCGCUGCCGAUCCCACGCCGCCAACAGAACCUUUCUCCCCUCCACGAGCAUCCGGUAUCUCAUCGAAGACUACGACGUAGGUAUCCCCGACCUCAACUCGCACAUCCACUCUUUUGUCGUCUUUGGAAACACGGGCCCCCCUGGCUGGGACACCUUUGACCCGCGCGAGUACGGCGUGGAGAGAGCCAGUCUCAUGAUUGUCGUGUGUGGAGGGCACAUGUUCUACGGUGUAUGGGGGGACACGAACGGCGCCCAUGGUCCGAGGGCGUCUGUCGGGGAGACAAGCUUGAGUCUGGCGACGGCGUGCUUUGGGGAGGGGAUGGGCGGUGGUGAUGAGGCUCACUCUUCGCAUGAUGAGCCUGAUGUGCUCUAUGUCGCCUUUACGGGACGUGAUGCUGUGCCCGGCAGGGCCGGGGCCAAGUGGGAGAGCGAUUCCUUUGAGGAGUUUCACGCAAGCAUCGAGCCGUUGGGGGACAGACUGAUGGAGAGGAUCGGCGAGAGUGCGUGCUCAUGGCCUGGACAUUGUGAAGGUGCCAUGUGUAGGGUUGCGCAGGAUUGUGCGGAUAAUCUGGUGUGCCUCCAAGGGGAAUGCGGCUGCUCGUGGCCUGGACAUUGCUUUGGUACGUCAUACAUCCUUUCUGGAGUGUUUGCGUGCUGAUGAGGACAGGGGCACAUUGUGAAAAGGCACAAGAUUGUGCUGACGCCAUGACAUGCGUCCGAGGCCAAUGUGCCUAGUAUAUGUAAACCGAUAUUCGUAAUUUGCUUGAGAACUAUGAAUGGUAUAGUGCCAAAUACAUCAA